UUUCCCAUAUCUGAAACCUAUCUGUCACAUUUCUUGAUCUUUUAAUAACUGAAUAUACAACAAAACACAAAAGUUUCCGUUUGUGUUUUUCUCAGAUUUAAAACAUAAGAAAAAGUAUAGAUUAAGCAAGUGAUUAUGAGUCACAAAGUCUCCAAGAAGUUAGACGAAGAGCAAAUCAAUGAGCUCCGGGAGAUUUUCCGUUCAUUCGACCGGAACAAAGACGGAAGCUUAACACAGCUCGAGCUCGGAUCACUUCUCCGAGCACUCGGGCUUAAACCGAGUCCAGACCAAUUCGAGACACUGAUCGACAAAGCUGACACUAAAAGUAAUGGACUCGUGGAGUUCCCAGAGUUCGUGUCUUUGGUCUCGCCGGAGCUUCUUUCAGAAGAGAAAACGAGGACUCCUUACACGGAGGAGCAGCUUCUCCGGUUGUUCAGGAUAUUUGAUACUGACGGUAAUGGGUUUAUCACUGCGAAGGAAUUGGCUCAUUCCAUGGCUAGGCUUGGCCAUGCCUUGACGGUGGCGGAAUUAACAGGGAUGAUUAAGGAGGCUGAUAGCGACGGAGACGGCCGGAUUAAUUUUCAGGAGUUCUCUAAGGCCAUUAAUUCUGCCGCAUUUGACGAUUUGUGGGGUUGAAAUUUCUUCACCGGUGGCUCUUCCCUCAUUUGUCAUUUACUAUUUUUAGUUUCUAUGAACACUAAUCUACAAAAAAAAUUAUAUACUUAGAAUCAAAAUAAUACUUAAGUCGAAAGUCCGGUUCGAUCUGGGAAAUUUUGGGAAACGGUAUGCUUACAUGCACCAGUAUAAAGUGGAGACUGUGUCUGUGUCUUAGUCUUAGGCACAUCUAUCAUGAACAUGCACGCCAAUUGUGGAGGCCAAAGAUAUGCUGCUUGGCUUUGUACGGUCUCACAGAAAAGUAAACAACAUAAACCCCUAAAAAGGCACCGUAAAGAGUGUUCUCAGCUCCUAUUAUCAGCUUGGUUUACUUGUAACUAAGUCCUAACCUGUUCAAACAAGUCUAAUCUAUUGUAGCAACUCCUUGGGGUUCUUUUUUUGGGUUAGCUCUCUGCUAAUGCUUCUUGUAA